AUGCUUAUUCUUGGGCAACCCAAGGAAUCAAAGAAAUCCGAUACCUCCGCGCAUCGGUCACAAGGAGCUCAAAAGCAAGUUUCCCCGAAAGUCAAGAGGUCAAGAUGGUCUGCGAGCCAUCCGCUCGAGGUCCUCGACUCUCGCAUCAGCAUCAGCGGAAAUCAUUCAACCGUCAGAUCACCCACCAAAGUUGUUCUGCGGGUCAAGCGAAGGCUGUCUGAUGAGCCUGUGGAUGAAGUUUUGGUGUCGAGGCCCUUGAAGCGAGUGGACAAGACAGGACAAGCAGCAAGUCCUACUCGCUUCAAGUUGGCGAAGUUGAAGCGAGAUGAGAGUCAGGAAAGGAAAGAUGAUGAGAUGAUCGUUAUGACUCGUCGUGAUCGAGUCAGAAAAACUUCGGAAGCUGUUGCAGCAGGACAAGGAGAGGAAGAGGACGGCGAUGUUAAGCUGGUUGACCUUGAGUUAACCAACCAGCUGAAAGGAAACGAGUGGAGCCCUUCCUUGACCUUCGUGGACAAGGUGGAGCGAGCGCGCUGGCAGAGGAUGGGAGAGAUUCAAGAGGCGCUGGAGAAAGAGGAGGGAUACGCUUACGACCUUUACUUCCUCGAUGACAAGCCCCCCGACCCCGAGCAACUCGAGCAGGGGAAGAGCAAAGUAGUGACCCUGCCGAUGGACUUCAACUUCGAGGAGGAGGAACCUUCUUCUUUCAACGAAGUGCAGGACUCGGAGCUCGACUUUGACUCUCAGAAUAUGGUUGAAGAUCAGGAUUACCCUGACAAAGACGAGGACGAGGACGAGCAUGACGACGGGAAGGAGGAGGAAGAGGACGUCUUCUUCGGGAAUAGUGACUUCUAUUAA